AUGGGCGGUGUAGUUCAAAUCCUCCGGCGCAUGGCCGCCUACCCAGACCGCACCGAGGAGCAGCGACGUCCCUAUUUGAUCCUGCUCAUCGUCUGCUCCGCCAUGUUUCUUGAUUUGUCGAACCUGUCGGCCGUCACAAUCGCGCUGCCGACAAUGGGCGAGCAGCUCGGCGUCGACCAGUCGCAGCUGCAGUGGGUCAUCGCCGCCUAUGCCUUGACUUUUGGCAGCUUCCUGCUCCUCGGCGGCCGCGGCGGCGACAUCUUCGGCCACCGCCGUGUCCUGCUCUUCGGCUCCUACUUCUUCGCCCUCUUCACCCUCGUCUGCGCUCUGGCGCCCACCUUUGUUGGCCUCGUCAUCGGCCGGGCCUUCCAGGGCAUCGGCGCCGGCUUCACCAUCCCCUCGGCCCAGGCUCACGUUGCCAUCCACUUCCCCAGCCCUUCUGAGCGCGCAAAGGCCCUCGGCUUCUGGGCCGCCGCCGGCUCCGUCGGCUUCAUCGCCGGCCUCAUCCUCGGCGGCGUCCUGACGGCCCUGUUGUCCUGGCGCUGGAUCUUCUGGAUCUCUCUCAUCCUGUCCGCCCUCGUCAUCCCCGCCGCUCACCUGGUUCUCCCCCGACCCGACGCCAGCAAGGCCUGCUCGUCGCACCCUCCCUCGGCUUCGGACCAGGACGAUGCGGCGCCCGUCGUGCUGCCGCAGCGCGAAGAGAAGAAGCUGUUUCGCUCCCUCAAGGCGCGCCUGAUCCGCUUCGACGUCGUCGGCAUCUGCCUCGGAGUCCCCGGCCUGCUGCUGCUCACCUACGCCCUGACGUCCGGCAACAUCUCGGGCUGGGGGUCGGCGUCCAUUGUUUCGACGCUCGUCCUCGCCGCCGUCCUGCUCGCCUUGUUUGCGCUGCAGGAGUCGCGCGCCAGCCAGGCCCUCGUCAACCCGCGCUUCUUUGACAAUCUGUCCUUCACCAUGACGCUGAUGCUCGCCGUCGCCACCUAUGCCGUGCGUCAGGCCUGCUCCUAUUUUCUGACUCUGCAGCUGCAGUCAUACGGCAACUCGCCCUUGCGCACCGCCCUCCUGUUUCUGCCCGUCGGCGUGUCCGCCCUGCUGGCAAACUCCGUCGCCGGACGCCUCGUGCCCAUCCUGGGAGCCCGUGCCAUGUUUGUUCUCGGCUGGGCCCUGUGCAUUCCCGGCGUCGUCCUCUUCAGCCUCAUCACCCCCGAGUCGAGCUACUGGCGCUUCACCUUUCCCGGCAUGAUUCUCUACAUUUCCGGCCUCAGCGCCGUCUACAUCACCGCCAACUUCGUAGUUGUCUCCUCGGCGGCAAAGAGCGAUCAGGGCGCCGUAGCCGGCGUCUUCAACGUCGCCCUCCAAGUCGGGGGCAGCGUUCUCGGGCUCGCCGUCCUGACCGCCGUGGCCGAAGGCAUCAACUCCCGAUUCGGCACAACCGGCGCUGAGCUGUCCGAGGUCGGCUACCAAAGCGUCUACUACUCGUGCAUCAUACUGUGCGCAAUCGCUCUCGCUCUUAGUCUGCUGGCCGUCAAGGUGCCCGACGCCAUGCGCGGCACCAUCUGGAAAAAGAAAGAGGAGGCGGUUGGGAUGAAGGAGAUGGGGGCCCCGGCACAAUCCAGCCCAAGGCCCGAAGACAACCAGCCCCGGCACGAAAAUCCGUUUCAAUCGUCCUCGUCGUCAGCCGUCAACGGCCCCGAUGAGUUGGUCAAAGAGCCUCGCCAUAUCGAGCAGAACGACGACAAGGCGUAG